AUGACGGGUGACCAGGAAAAGCUGGAGGGCUUCAUCGAGCACGUGACCAGCAGAAAAUGCCGUGUGGAAGUCCUCAUCCGCAACUUUGUCCCUGCCUACAUCACCCGCCUGGAAACCACCACUGAUGUUCUCAAGAACCAGCUGGCAGUGAACGUGUUCCACCGAAAGUUUGAGUUGCCUAUGGCACCGCGCAGUGAUGAGCCUGGCACUGCACGGCUGGAUGAGACGUGGAACCUGGCUCCUAAAGCUGUGGUCAGAGGCUUCGUUCAGGUUCAUCAGCAGUGGUUCAUGGUCUUGGAAAACGCCCGUCUUCCGAAGAACCAGGAAGCCUGGCCUUUGGCGGGCGGAAUGUAUCCCACCAAUCUCAAGGUCACGUUCGAUCUGUCGGGCCGGCAUGUGCACGAUGUGGGCCUUGUAAAAGGAGUCGAUCGUUUGCAAUCGUCUACGCUGGAGAGUCCGGCCACGUACGCAAGGUUGGCAUCAACUUCAGUGGCAAAAGCACUGGUCAUCCCUUCUGGUGGUGGUGCUUCGUUGGUCGGCAUUGUGGUGGAUAAAACUCUUUGUCCUAUGGCAACAAUGUACUUGAGGGCUGAAACUGCUGCUGUGAUCUCUGCUCUAAGGCAUAGCUUUUGCCGGGAUCGAUUUGUAAGUCACCCUGGCCUCCCUUUGCAUGUGCUAUGGGGGGUCGUGGGCGACAUUGUGGUUUUGCAGCGUCGUGGGUGGCUUUGCAGCGUCGUGGGUGGCAAAA